AUGGAGGAUAGGGCUCGGAGGAACAACCUCAGAUUCCGGGGGAUCCCGGAAUCUGUACCAAAUGCAGAACUGCAUAACUAUUUAUUAGACAUGUUCCAGUGCCUCACACCAGAAACCCACCCAGAUCAACUCAUCAUAGACAGAGCACACAGGCUGCGCAGACCAAAGCACCUGCCCACGACAGCCGCACGUGACGUGAUUGCGAGGAUUCAUUUCUUCCACGCCAAAGAGAGGAUAAUGAAGGCCAGCAGAAAGGCGGAUAUGCCAGAAGCCUACUCGUCAAUCAAGAUCUUUGCGGAUCUCUCAGCAGACACGCUACACUUCAGGAAAACCAUGGGACCGGUCACCUCCGCCCUGCGGGACCACAACGUAAACUACCGCUGGGGCUACCCGGCCAAACUUUUAAUUUCUUACCAAGACGCAAUACACCCCGUCAACACAGUGGCGCAAGGUAUCCAGCAGCUGAAAGAAUGGGGACUCCCGAUCCAGAACCUACACCCCACCAAAGCAGCUAAAGUCCCGAGGAUGUCCCCGGAGUGGACAACACAAUGA